GUUCGUUUACCUUAUUAGUAAUCACUACUCUCAUCGCGCCGGCAUGAUUGUUUGCAUGGAUGCACCUACGCACUCCUGCGCUUGUGAGAUUUGUAACAAGGCCUUCUCGGAGAAAAGUAAAGUAGUGAGGCAUAUGAGAAUACAUACAAAGGAGAAACCAUACUGCCGUGAAUUUUGCAAUAAGGCCUUCGUAACCAAAUCCAGUCUAGUAAGGCAUAUCCGAAUGCUACACAUAAGAGCCCCGUAUAGUUGUGAGAUUUGCAACAAGGCGUUCUCAAGGAAAUUUCAUCUAGUGUGCCAUGUGAGAGUCCACACAAAGGAGAAACCAUACAGCUGUGAGAUUUGUAAGAAAGCCUUCUCGAAGAAAUCUAAUCUAGUGUUCCAUAUGAGAAUACGAAUUCGGGCUCCUCUCACAGAUGACAUCUGCCUUAAGUAG